UAUUUCAGUCUUUCUGCGAACCAGUCUCUCUCGAUCUCCAUCGCCAUUUUGAGUAAUUGAUUUGUAUAACAAGCUAUAUAUCACAAUGAUUCGAACUGCCAUAGCCAAGAGAUUCCUCUCCUCGAAGCCCCACACCUUCUCUUCAUCUUCUUCAUGGUUUCUUACUACCAGUAACAGAAGAUCUUUGCACAAAAGUACCCAAAAUGAGAACAACAGCAAUAAUUCGUCCCCGCCGUCUGCAUCCGCCUAUCACGUCAGUUCCGGAGGGUACAUGCGUGGCGCUGUGUUUUGGGAACCUAAUAAGCCUCUCUCAAUCGAAGAAUUUCACAUGCCUCGCCCUAAAUCCGGGGAAAUUCUCAUCAAGACCCAGGCCUGUGGAGUAUGUCACUCUGAUCUCCAUGUUUUGAAAGGAGAGCUUCCAUUUGCCAGUCCUUGUGUUGUGGGGCACGAGAUUACUGGCGAAGUUGUUGAACAUGGGCCACAAACAGAUAACAAAACCAUUGCAAGGCUUCCAAUUGGAUCACGUGUUGUUGGAGCUUUCAUCAUGCCGUGUGGUAACUGUUCUUAUUGUUCCAAGGGCCAUGAUGAUCUAUGUGAGGAUUUCUUUGCUUAUAACCGAGCAAAGGGAACCCUGUAUGAUGGUGAAACUCGGCUCUUCCUUCGCGACAAUGGAAAGCCGGUGUUCAUGUACAGUAUGGGUGGCUUCGCUGAAUAUUGUGUAGUGCCAGCUAAUGCGUUGUGUACUUUACCAAGCUCCCUACCGUACACAGAGUCUGCAAUCCUAGGUUGUGCAGUGUUUACUGCAUAUGGUGCCAUGGCCCAUGCUGCUGAAGUGCGAGCAGGGGACUCUGUUGCUGUGAUUGGAAUUGGGGGCGUUGGCUCAAGUUGUUUGCAGAUAGCAAGGGCCUUUGGUGCCUCUGAUAUUAUUGCUGUGGAUGUUCAGGAUGAGAAACUGCAGAAGGCUAAAGCUCUUGGUGCCACGCACACUAUAAAUGCACUUCAAGAGGAUGUUAUUGAACGGAUUAAAGAGAUCACUGGAGGAUUUGGUGCAGACAUUGCUGUUGAAGCAUUAGGAAAACCAAAGACUUUUUUGCAGUGUGUUCAAAGCGUAAAAGAUGGAGGUAAAGCUGUAAUGAUCGGUCUUUCUGAAAGUGGGGCGGUAGGGACAAUUGAUAUAAACCGUCUUGUUCGUAGAAAGAUCAAGGUAAUUGGCUCCUAUGGUGGAAGGGCAAGGCAGGAUCUUCCCAAGUUAAUCAAACUUGCUGAAUCUGGAAUCUUCAAUCUAUCCGAUGCUGUUACCAGAAAAUACAAAUUUGAUGAGGCUGCACAAGCAUUCGAUGAUCUCAACAAGGGAAUCAUAAUCAAUCGAGCUGUAGUUGAGAUACAGUAGUCGUCGAUGCUGCAGGUGCUCGUUACUGAUGCCAUACUCGCACCCUCUGAUGAAAACAAAAUCCGUUUUGAGUAGAAUCUGGUGAUUAUAAACAAACUGCAAGCUAACAUGUUUUUGAAAUGGUUGUUAUACAGUCAAUAAAAGCAUCUGAACUCUCAUCUGAA